AUGAGCGACUUGUACAUGUUCGGCUCGCCAUGGACAGCUUCACAGCGGGACGUGGAAGUUCCCGGGCACUUCGAUGAGCUGGGUGGUGCUCAACAACAAGCAGGCAGAAGUGCUGGCUCCUACGAAAAACACUUCCUAGCAGAAAACUUCUUGCUAGGACUCCUGCUGCAGGAAAACUCAUCCUGGAGACGAACAACACGUACGAAAUCCCCAAAAUUAAUCCAGACCAAUGCGGAUUUAGUAUGUUACUUCGGUUACUUCACUCCGUUUUGGUUUACACUACCACCAGUUUGGAUUGGCAAAGGUGUAGACGUCUUCAUGCAAUCAACACUGAAAGGUAUCGCAAAGAAGAGCAAGUGUUCGACAGACGAUCGGACGCCAGACUACUGCGUGGAGCAUCGAUAUUCAGCAUUCCGUGCGCUGCGUAAGGCCAUUAGCGACGUGGUGAGGGUUUCCAAGGACAAGAGCCACGCGCGUUGGUGCCCAUACUGCUCGCGUGUACGGGAGCUCGUCCACUCUAGCAUAUUUCCGCCGCGCUUCCCAAACCAUAAUAGCAUCGCUACUGUCAUGGGUGUGCACGAUUAUUUGGACCAGCUGGAGAACCCUUCCAAUGUCGCCAAGCUGAACAGCCUACGUUGCGGUAGCAGCUCUAGAGUCCCUCAGGCACCGUACACGCAAACUCCGUCCGUCGAGUUCGCCAUGCGUAACAGCAGACCAAUCUCCCCGCCAACCUUCUUCAAGGGGGCCCGUGCGUGUUCAGACCGUCUCGGGCUGACAAUGUCCAUGCGGUCGUUUCGCGCACAAGACCCUGUUCAGAUUGCCAAGAACGACCAGAAGAAGCUUCGCAAGGCGUUGGAACGUGCGGCUAAGCAAGAGCGGAAAGAAGCUCGCAAGAAGCAGAAACUCGCUCGAAAGUCCCACAGGUCACUGAGAGAAAGAGGUAGCAGCAGCAACCGGAUCGCGCUGCUGUCGGCAUCCUCCGUGUACGAUUGCAGUAUCACGUCAAACGAGGAGAUUUUGGCCGAGAUCUGGGCUAUGCGCUCAUCCUUCACGGCCCAAGUGAGUGAUGAAGAUGUGUCUGCCGCAGAUGAUAAAGCGGCGAGCUCUGCGCCCAUAGAAUUCUUGUUCUUCAUGGGCUGCCCAGACGACAGCAGCCGCGAAAUUGGAUACCUGCGGGCUCGACCCAAAUCCCGAUCGGCGCGGAAUACUGCGACACCGUCUUUUGCCACGGCAAUUGCCACGACAAUCCCGCAAUAG